AUGAUUAAUGAUGGUCAACAUAUAACAAUAUUUUUUACUUAUCUUUAUGCAAAUUGUUCUAUGGAUGACACAGAAUUUAUUAAUAUUAAAUUUAAUUUUUCAUUACAUUCAUAUUUUUGUAAUAUUUUAAUAUGUGAUGAUAUAGCAUCAUAUCGAGAUAAUUCAUCAUUUCAUGCAAAUCUUCCACUUGGUCAAAAAAUAGGAUUCAAUGUGUGGACACGUGAAACAAUUUUUGUUUGA